UGGAGCAGGGAACAAUCCCAUCCCGAGAGGGCCGCACUGACCAGACAAGAUGCACUUUUAGGAAGCGGGCCGGGAGAUCUCCAGGAGGAAUCUCACAACUCAGCGGCUGGAGGAGGAAGAGGAGGGGAGAAAGAGGAGGAAAAGGACAAAGAGCAGACAGAGGAGAAGGAGUCGGGGGCACCAAAAUGAAACCUCAAGUUUCUUCUCCCGUGAUCUGCUUUUUUAUACACACUCUUGUGCUUCGAGUUUCGCCUCCUACUGCAGCCGCCCCGUCGCCUAUCAUCAAGUUUCCAGGAGAUGUCUCUCCCCGCACGGACAAAGAACUGGCUGUGCAAUAUCUGAACACAUUCUACGGCUGCCCCAAGGAGAAAUGCAACCUCUUUGUGCUGAAAGACACCUUAAAGAAGAUGCAGAAGUUCUUUGGGCUCCCAGAGACUGGGGAGCUGGACCAGAACACGAUCGACACCAUGAAGAAGCCACGCUGUGGGAACCCAGACGUGGCCAAUUACAAUUUCUUUCCCAGAAAGCCCAAGUGGGAUAAGAACCAGAUCUCAUAUAGGAUCAUCGGCUACACCCCAGACCUGGACCCAGAGACAGUGGACGAUGCCUUCGCCCGUGCUUUCCAGGUCUGGAGUGACGUCACCCCACUGAAGUUCUCCCGGCUCCACGAUGGGGAGGCCGACAUCAUGAUCAACUUUGGCCGCUGGGAGCAUGGGGAUGGCUACCCGUUCGACGGCAAAGAUGGCUUGCUGGCUCACGCCUUCGCCCCAGGACCCGGGGUAGGCGGAGACUCCCACUUCGACGAUGAUGAGCUAUGGACUCUGGGCGAGGGACAAGUGGUCAGGGUGAAGUAUGGGAAUGCUGAUGGCGAAUACUGCAGAUUCCCGUUCCUGUUCAACGGCAAGGAGUACACCAGCUGUACCGAUGCCGGCCGCAGCGAUGGCUUCCUCUGGUGCUCCACCUCCUACGACUUUGAGUCUGAGGGGAAGUACGGCUUCUGCCCCCAUGAAUCGCUGUUCACCAUGGGGGGCAAUGCGGAGGGGCAGCCCUGCAAGUUCCCCUUCAAGUUCCAGGGCUCCUCCUAUGACAGCUGCACCACAGAGGGCCGGACAGACGGCUACCGUUGGUGCGGGACCACCGAGGAUUAUGACCGUGACAAGAAGUACGGCUUCUGCCCGGAGACUGCCAUGUCGACAGUCGGGGGGAACUCGGAGGGAGCCCCCUGUGUGUUUCCCUUCACCUUCCUGGGGAACAAGCACGAAUCCUGCACCAGCGCCGGUCGCAGUGACGGCAAGAUGUGGUGUGCCACCUCCGCCAACUACGACGACGAUCGCAAGUGGGGAUUCUGCCCAGACCAGGGUUACAGCCUGUUCCUGGUGGCUGCCCACGAGUUCGGUCACGCCAUGGGCCUGGAACACUCAGAGGACCCUGGGGCCCUGAUGGCCCCCAUCUACACCUUCACCAAGAGCUUCCGCCUGUCCAACGAUGACAUCAAAGGCAUCCAGGAACUUUAUGGAGGAUCUACCGACUUUGUCCCUGGCCCCAGCCCUACUCUGGGCCCUGUCACCCCGGAGAUCUGCAAACAGGACAUCGUGUUUGAUGGCGUUUCACAGAUUCGGGGUGAGACGUUUUUCUUCAAGGACAGAUUCCUGUGGCGGAAAACGAGCCCCCAGAGCAAGAUCACGGGCCCCUUGCUCAUUGCCACGUUCUGGCCUGACUUGCCAGAGAAGAUCGACGCGGUCUACGAGGCCCCCCAGGAGGAGAAGUCUGUGUUUUUUUCAGGGGAUGAGUAUUGGGUCUACGCAGCCAGCACCCUGGAGAGGGGGUACCCAAAGAAACUCAGCAGCCUGGGUCUUCCUGCUGACGUGACACAUGUCGAUGCUGUGUUUAACUGGAGCAAAAACAAGAAGACAUACAUCUUCUCGGGAGAGAAGUUCUGGAGGUACAACGAAGUGAAGAAGAAAAUGGAUCCCGGUUUUCCCAAGCUCAUAGCCGACUCUUGGAACGGAGUCCCCGACAGCCCAGAUGCGGCAUUGGACCUUCAGGGGAGCGGGCACAGCUACUUCUUCAAGGACUGGUAUUAUCUCAAAAUGGAGGACAAGAGUUUGAAGAUCGUUAAAGUUGGCAGCAUCAAAUCCGACUGGCUGGGCUGCUGAGGUCUAAGGACGAUUCAUAACCCAAUAUUUGCUUCUAUUCUUACUUUAUGCCUUCUCUGUAAUUAGAAUUUAGAUCUCAAAGCUUAUUAAUGGACCGGUCUGGAACCGGUUGUCAAAACACUAAAUACUAGUACUCUGUAGGUUCUCGUGCCCGAUAAUUUAAAAUACUGUACAGUUCGUUCCCGG